CCAGGAGCUGUGACAGCAAAAUAUUGUUCUGAAACUUUUCCGCCAGCCUUGGAGUCAUUGCAAGCCACCAAAUGUUAAGCUUUCUCAGGAUCCCGGAGUACCCUGAUUUUGCGUAGGCUGGAAAAAUAGACAGUGAGCUUGGCUGGCUCUGGAGGGUGUAAGUUUACAGCAAGUGAGUCCAUGUGAGUCAAUGGAGAGCCUGUGAGACUGACCAAACUGGCAUACUGAAGGCCUCUGUUCCCAAAACCGCUGUCACCUGGGGAGCAACAUGGCACCAUAACUGUACUUCAGUUAGCUGGAUCAUGGAUUUCAAUUCAAGUCUUGGCUUCCUUCAGGGAAACAAAGCCCCAUGAAGAAAUUCAUCUGAAGACAAUGGUGCUGUGACAGUCAACACCAUCUUUCUAAUUGGAACUAUGGAAAUUGUAGAGGGCUGCCGACAUUCUCACCCUCAGCUGGUGUCCAAUGGAUACGUGAAAAAGGUUUUUCAAGCAAAUCCAGAGAGGAGCACUGAAGUAUUAAAGAUCUGUGAUAUUGAGCCAUGCAACUUUAGUGGCAGCUACCAAAAUGAAAAGGAAGAGGCAGCCAGGUAUAAAAAGAAAACGAAGGGCAGCCGGAUAUGGAAUUUUGUUAGCCGAAAAAAAGGUUCCUCCAUGAAUAACAAAAGGCCCCAGUCCAUGAUCUUGUUAGGAGAUACCUCAGAGACCUUAGAGGAAAAACACAAGCUGUCUUUUAUGGAGAGGGUUAGGUCCUUUAAAAAGCUGAGAUCUUCCAGCAUGCCUAAGAAUGUGGAUUUGAGAGCAUCCAAAGCAAAGGUUGCCUGCAUUCCUGAAGAGGACCAACUAGACAAUGGGCAAAGAGCAAUCUACAGGAUUAAGAAACUGUCUGACAGUCAGAGGCCUUUCCGUCAUUCAUAUGCAGGGUACAUUGAGGAUUUGGAUUCUUCUUUUGAAGAUGUAGAGUUAAACAUCAGCAUUCCAGAAAUCAAUGCCAAUGAAAAUAAAUGGCUCAGGGAUAUCAAUGUCAGAAUACAUGGUGAAGAUAGUGACAAUAACUGCCAUAAGAUGAGAGCUAGAAGGAACGAGUCUCUGAAUUUUGAAAACUUUAAGAGUUCUGUGAUUACAGAAGGGGACAAUCAAAAGAGGUGUCUUAUGCUCUCACAGGAGAGCAGAAAAGGAAAAAGCUCUGAUGUCUGGAACUAUCUGAAAGGAAUUUCAUUAACUAGCAGAGAUAAUUCAAAGCUACUAGAUCAAAGGGUUGAAACCAAUUUCCAGAACUUAGAAAAUAUAACUGAUAAUUCUACUUCUCAUUUUGACUUUGAUAUGAGAUGUGAACAGAAUCUUAGCCAGCCUAAAAAAUCAAGCAAUGCAAUGAAAGCAGGUCAUUUUGGUGGCGUCCUAAAGUUCUUUAACAGCAUGGCUGGUGCUGCUAGAAAGUGGCGAGCCUCUUCAAGGCCGUUUUCCCAGGAGGAGAAAAGAUCUCAGUCAAAUUUCAGAAGCCAGAGGCAGGACGCCUCCUCCCACAAAGAGUCUUUGGUUUUUGAGAAUGAAAAUGCCAGGGAAUUCUCUUCAACUGGAAUACCUUUAUGGUCUCUGGAUGCUGAGGUCUGGGAUCAUCAUAAUUCUGAAAAUUCAACGCAGAAAGAACUACCCCAGUUGGAUGUACAUGCAGGAGUAUCCCAAGAAGUUAGCUGCUCUGCUCCAGGCGGUCAGAAUGAUAGUUUUACUGAAAUAUCCCUCUCUCACCUUGAGCCAGUUUCACCUACCUCCCCCUUGCCUGAACUUAUGGAUGACUGUUAUACCUCACUCAACAUGCAAGGCCUAACUAUGCCUCUGGCUAAAUUAGAUGCUAAGGACCUAGGCAGCUCUCCAGCAGAUGUUCAAGAUCCUUGUCAUAAAAACUUAGACACCCAAGAUUUGGGAAAUACUGAGGUAUGCUUGAAAGACUUGUCUGAAACUGUCCUGGAUGCCCAGGAAUUAAGCAGUGCUUCAGAGGAUGCCUGGGAGCCAAGCAAUCAUGAGGAUUCUCCAGUGCCAAGUGAUAAUGAACUUGCCUUGGGGCUGAUCGGUGAUGAGGAUGUCUAUGAGCCAAGUAGUGUUCCAGAUGAUGUGCAGGAUCUUUCCAAGAGUAAUCUGGAUGCUCAAGACCUGGGCAGUGCUAUGUGGGAUCUCUCGACAUCUACUCUUUUAAAAUAUGGAAAAGGCAAUGAGCAAGUGGUAGAACCAGAGGACACCCCUACCAGAGAGCAUGAAACAGUUUCAGCUGGAGAACAAAAUUCCAUUGAGGAACCAGACAGAGUGGACCACUUUGAGUGCAAUGAAACGUGCCAUCAGCUCAAACUGAACCUUUGUACAAUUGUCUCCUUCAGUGAACUCAAUAAUGGAAAGCCUCUGUGUCAUCCUCUUCAUCCAUCACCACAAGCACCUCCUUUUAAAAUCUUGUUGGACAGAUGUCGCUCCUUACCCCUUUCCCAGAGUACACCUAUGGGGUUGGAUCAGCUGGGCUGGAGGCGACGUCUGUUACUGAGCACUGGUGCUGAGAACGACCUGGGUUCAAAGACUUUGGAGGUGCGCAGAGACUGCAGGAAUGGUGGAAGGAGAUGGAAGCCCCUGAAGCCUGGAGCUGAGCAGCUGCUAGUCGAUAAACUGAUCAGUGGUGGUUCUAUUGUCAGUGCUGAGGCAGUAUGGGAUCACGUCACCAUGGCCAACCGGGAGUUGGCAUUUAAAGCAGGAGACGUUAUCAAGGUCCUGGAUGCUUCCAACAAGGACUGGUGGUGGGGUCAGAUUGAUGAUGAAGAAGGAUGGUUUCCCGCCAGCUUCGUAAGGCUAUGGGUGAAUCAAGAAGACGGAGUAGAGGAAGGAACCAGCGAAGUACAGAAUGGCCAUUUGGAUCCAAGUGCCGACUGCCUCUGUCUUGGCAGAACCCUUCAGAACCGAGACCAGAUGAGAGCUAAUGUGAUCAAUGAAAUCAUGAGCACAGAGCGCCACUAUAUCAAGCACCUCAAGGACAUUUGUGAGGGUUAUUUAAAGCAGUGCCGGAAGAGGAGAGACAUGUUCAGCGAUGAGCAGUUGAAGGUCAUAUUUGGCAACAUUGAAGAUAUCUAUAGGUUUCAAAUGGGUUUUGUCCGGGACUUGGAGAAACAGUAUAACAAUGAGGACCCCCACCUCAGUGAAAUUGGACCUUGCUUCCUGGAACAUCAAGACGGGUUCUGGAUCUACUCAGAGUACUGUAACAAUCACUUGGAUGCAUGCAUGGAGCUCUCCAAGCUGAUGAAAGAUGGCAGGUACCAGCAUUUCUUUGAAGCGUGUCGUCUGUUGCAGCAGAUGAUUGAUAUUGCCAUAGAUGGUUUCCUUUUGACACCAGUGCAGAAGAUCUGCAAAUACCCCUUGCAGCUGGCAGAGUUACUGAAGUACACCGCACAGGAUCACAGUGACUACAGGUACGUGGCUGCUGCACUUGCAGUCAUGAGAAACGUGACUCAACAGAUCAAUGAGCGAAAACGGAGACUGGAGAACAUUGACAAGAUAGCUCAGUGGCAGGCCUCAGUCCUGGACUGGGAGGGAGAUGACAUCCUGGAUCGGAGCUCCGAGUUGAUUUACACAGGGGAGAUGUCCUGGAUUUACCAGCCGUAUGGACGGAACCAGCAGCGUGUUUUCUUCCUCUUCGAUCACCAGCUGGUUCUCUGCAAAAAGGACCUGAUACGAAGAGAUAUCCUAUACUACAAAGGUCGCAUUGACAUGGAUAAAUAUGAGGUGGUGGAUAUAGAAGAUGGGAGAGAUGAUGAUUUCAAUGUCAGCAUGAAGAAUGCCUUUAAACUUCAUAACAAGGAGACUGAUGAAAUACACUUAUUCUUUGCCAAGAAGCUGGAAGAGAAAUUGCGAUGGCUGAGAGCUUUCAGAGAAGAAAGGAAGAUGGUACAAGAAGAUGAAAAGAUAGGCUUUGAAAUUUCUGAAAAUCAAAAGCGACAAGCGGCAAUGACAGUAAGGAAAGUCAGUAAGCAAAAAGGUGUCAGCUACUCCAGGUCGGUUCCUCCAGCCUACCCGCCACCCCAGGAUCCAUUAAAUCAGGGACAAUACAUGGUGACAGAUGGCAUAUCCCAGUCCCAGGUCUUCGAGUUCACCGAACCCAAACGCAGUCAGUCACCAUUCUGGCAAAACUUCAGCAGGACAUGCAAGAAUUGUCUGGAUGGGGCGGCAGUAUGUCAGGAUAGCAGACACACCAGAAUCAGCACCAGCCUCUACAGUCCCAGUUCAACAUCCUCCAAUGCAAAACAAUGCAUGAGCGAUUACUUCAUAAAGAAAACAUAAGAGUCCUGAAGAGGUGCUUCGAACAUGGACAUCUGGUUCUGAAGUAGACAUCACUCCCUGCCACCCCACCCCCUGCCCUCCUGCCAGAGAAGAAAGUUGUUAAAAGGAUUUUGGGAAAAGAGAAAAAAAGGGAUACAUGUGGCUCUAAUUCUUAUUCUGUCUGUGGUCCCAAUUGUUGUAGUGUACUAGUGCCUCACAAUUUUCUAUUCAUUAUCCUCACAACCCCUGUGAGGCAGGGAUUCUCUGUUCUCUCUGUUUUACAGAAUGGGAACUAAGGGGCAGAUUUUCAAAGGCAUUUAGGCACCUGGCAAGACUUUUGGAAGAGUCUAGGUGCCUAGUUCCCAUUUAACUCGAUGGGAGUUGGAUUUCGAUGGAAAUUAAUUGCCUUUGAGAAUCUGCAUUCAAGUGGCUUGACCAAGGUCACACAGAAGGUCCAUAGAAGAGCAAGGAAUUGAGUGCUCCACCCUGGUUUUCUAAGUUGCAAAUUAACAUCCUAAUUAUUCUGUUAUCCUUGCUCCAUUACUGUUAGGACAAUCACUUCUAUAAUGGAUUUUAUGGAUACAUCUUGGCUUUAUUUACCUUUAUAACAGUUGAGAACCAUUUCUUUGGAUAUGAUUUGUCAAGUUAUGCAGUAGAACAUGUACUCAUAUGGUGUUGUGUAUAAACAAACCUGAUCUGCACAGCAUUGAGGUUCAUGGGAGCUUUUCCAUUGGUUUCAAAGGGAGAGGGAUUGUGCCUUUAGCAAAAUCUGCCCUAAACAGUCAUGCAUAAAGGUCUAGGGAAAAAAUGUCUUAUGGUAGCAGAAUGGGAACCCCUAACUCACGUAGAAUGGGACAGAAGAAUGUUUUGCGAUGAGUUGUCUCAUUUUAAUCAAUGGGACUUUACUAAACUAGGUAGUCCAUACAACUAGAGCAUGCAGUGACAGAAUCAAGCCCAUGGUGAAGAUUGGGCCAGAUUCUUCUUUCAGGUGCAACUUGUAUAAACUGGAGAAACUCCCUUGACUACACCAGCGUUACUCCAGAUUUAUACCAGAUAUAACUGAACACAGAAUUUGACUCGUGCUUUAACUAAUGCUUGGAACAACAACAUUGGUACAGUGACCUGGUAAAUACUCGAAGGUACUUUGAUGUGGUCAUUUUAAGCCUAGGACUUUUCUACUGAAGAUACCAUUAUUGGUGCAGGGUGGAUUGGUUGAUGCUACACUGUGUUUUCUGUAGAUAGUAUUUUCCUUAACUUCAACGGGAGUGGUAGUCCAUUACAGAAUUUGCCAUUUCCGUCUGAAUGUUGGAUUUCUCCAAACAGAUGGUAGGGUUCCCUUAUGUAUUGCGAUGGAAGAAAAAGUUUAGCUUUCCCUUUCUCAUGGCAGAUUUCAAACAGAGAAGGUUGAAAAUGAGAUGGGUUUAUCUGUUCUACUUCAACUGAUCCUGCUUAUUGCGUCUGCUACGAGGUGUUUAAUUCUGGAGUUGAUUUAAUCAGGAAUGGUGCUUGACACUGGAAAAACAGAGUAGCCUAGCAAAAUAUGAGAAAUCCAGAGAUCAUAUGAACAAGUAUCGUACCUGGAGAGACAGAAUUUAGUUUGAAACAGGACUGUACAAAUAAGAGAAUUAAAAGAAAACAGUGCCAAAUUAACUCCCUGAUGGAGCCCUGGCAAGCUGAUUUGGAAAGACUUUUUAUCUCCCCAGACUCCAUGGACUAAAAGAAACAUUCCCCCACAGGAUUCAUCAGACAAGCUCUAUUCAUCCCACAAUAGGAAGUUUUUGAGAGUUGUGGAGUUUCUUUGGACACGCGGUCUGAGGAUUCUAAGGAUAGAAGAACAUCUUCAACAAAUUACCUCAAAAAAAGUCAUGAUCAUUACCUGGGUGAAUAUACACUGAAAAUAUUCAAAUUCUUGGGAACAUGAUCAACAAGGAAAUUAUUUCUGCUUUGAAACCUGCCAAGAGGUAUCCUAUUACACUUGACUGCAUCCGAGCCAUUAGUGAACAAGAGCAAAUGCCACUGAUUGUUAGAUCUGUUUCUGUGGAAGACGCAAUGGAAACCAGGCAGAGAUACAAUCCAAAAGCACUUUGUUGGGUUUUUGAGCAUGACAUAGUCCACUGACAGUACAAUGAUAGAAGCUCUCCUUGAACAGUCAAAAGAAAUGGAAAUUUCAUUCAGUGAUUUGAGUGGUCAAGGCUAUGGUAGUGGGACAAUUAUGAAAGGCAAACAGUGGAGACAAUCUGGGGCAAGAGAGCAUUUUUUUUGGUCCUGAACAAUGCACUUUCUUUUAAUCUUGUAUUCAACAAUGGUGCAAGUUAUUGCAUUGAAGCUGCAGUACUUUUUUAUAUGGAUCAAAGCAUUUGGGGGGGUUUUCCACAGUCUCACAGCAACUUUAAGCUGUUAUGCACCAACAUGUGAUUAACCUAUUUCCAAAACCUUUAAGUGAAAUAACAAGGGAGAGCCAAAUUGAUGGGAUCCAUGUAUUUUGGUGCCAACUUUAAGAAGUCUAUGGUACUUAAGUAUCCAUUGCCAAGAGUUUAAACCUAAAGGGACCCACAGCAGCCAAAACUCAAAGCAAUACUGUAUUGUUGGCUCACAAAAUCUGUGAUUUGAAGUGUUUGCACAGUGUGGUACUUCAGUAUGAUAUGCCUUAUGAAGGCAGCACCACCCAUAAAAUGCUUUAAGACAGCAAUGUAGAUUCUGAUCAAACUAUGGCUUGAAGGAUUUCCUUGUAAACUACCACUGUGAUAAAGGACUCACAUGCAUCCUUACUGAUGCUAAGAAACUGGUCAAUGAGCUGGAAAUUGAAGCUUUCCACAAGAAAAAUCAAACAGAGUAUGAACCCAAAAAAGCAAACAUUUGAUUAUGAGGCCAGAGAUGAACCACUAACUAAUCUAGGAAACAACUCUAAAGCCAUUUUUCUUAUGUUAUGUUUGAGAUACUGUCAUUGGUCACUUGAAGAGCACCACAAGCUGCUUGCCAAUGUGCGGGAGAGGGUUGCUAUUAUUUCUCUAAAACAUCAAAGGUGCCCUGCAAAGGAUUGCAACAGCCAUGCUUUGUUUUAAGAAGGGCAUUAGACGAUGAUCAGGUUGGUGCAGCAACAUCCUUUCACAUUAAUGCCCUGGAUCUUUGCAGUGGAUUUCAAGGUCUUGGCAGACAGCUGAAACCUAGAAUAAGCCCAAAAGUCACAUUGGAGUUUCUAUGCAAAAAUAAGCUUUUGUCCUCAUUUCCAAAGAUAUCUAUUGCCAUCAAGAUUCUGGGAUCAUUGGCUGUGUCUGUCUGAAGUGGAGAGCAGCUUUCAGAAACGUAGAAAGAUAUACCUGCAUUCUGUGAUGGCUCGGUCUUGCCUCGUGUGCCUUGCUUUAAUUUCAAUUGAAAGCCAAACUUCAGGGAGUAGUUUCCCGUGCAGACAUCCCUUUACAUAUCUUUGUGUUCUCCCAAUUCUGGACCAGCAUGUUUAACCUCUAGCUUAUUUUAGUAUAAUCUAAGAACUACUCUAAACAUAUGUCUGCGUGGCAAAAUGAAGGUUGAUCACAACAUGUGGUAAUAUAUCUAGCUAGCACGGGUAAGCAUAGCAGUAAAGACCCAGCAACAUGUGCUUUAGCACAAGUUAGCAGCCACAGGGUCCCUGAAGAGCUUAUAACCUGGUACUAGCACAUAUUUAAAGUCUAUGCUGCUGCAUCCUCACUGCUAUGUUACUCAUGCUAGGUAAGUACAAGCUAUGGUCAGGUCAUGCCUUCAUUUUUCUGUGUAGGCAUCCUAUAAACUGCUUCACUGACUAGUGGUCACCAAAUGCCCUGCUCCACAUGCCCAACUGUGUCCAACUGUGGCUGUAGGUGAUGAAGAUGAAGUGCCAAAAGGCCAUUUAAGAAUUCCUACAUAAGGGAAAGUCUGGAAGAGAAGAAGGGGUAUCUGAACCAAACGAGCUGGACAGGUGGGGAAGGCAGAAGAAUCCGAGAGAAAACUAAAGAAAUGAGCAGGGAAGAGAGACUAGUUAAGCAAGAGGAGAAGACAGAUGGGAGGAAUGGCAAGCUGACUUGUCCGUGGUCUGGGUGGGCAAAUUUGCUAUUAGGCAAAGCUUGAUUCGAAUCUCACACUUCUGUAUAUCCAGUUAGUCCAGUGAGGGAAGCCUAGUUCAACCACUACAAAAAUCCUAGUGCGACCUAGAGUUGAGUGAGCUGAGAAAUGAAUUUGCAGCACUGCUACACAAACCAAGCUCAAAACUCCCAUGGACAUGAAUGGAAGCAGUGCGGGGGGGGGGGCAUGUACAGAACUAGCCCGUGAGAACUGCACCGUACUUCAAUUACUAGACCCAGAAAAGGACAUCAGGGCUCCUCUAGCUACUAUUCCCAGGCCUGCCACUAGCUUGCAUGACGACCCUGGGCAAGUCAUCAAAGGCCUCAUGCUAGAUUAAAGAAUGACUCCAGCUCCCACUGGCAGAGCUACAAGUUGUGAUGCUCACUUCCUCUGCCAAUAGGCCAUGAGUAUUUUUUCCUGCCUCUGUUUACAUUAUCUGCCCUCCCUUCCCCCCCUUCUCCCUCCCCAUCCCAGCCCCUGGCUCCAAUACCUACCUCAUGGGAAAGUCAAGAGGCUUUAAGAAAUGGCACAUCAAAUUUGACAAUGGAUAUAUCUGUUUUUAAGACCCUCUGAAAUCCCCUGGAUGAGUUGAUUUGGACCCAUUUGCUUUGUCUGGCCUCUGCAGAGUAAUAGGAGAGAUGAAAGUACCAAAUCAUAGAACUGCAUUGUUGGGAAGGGCUUCAUGAGCCAGCUAAUCCAACCACCUGCACAAGCGUAGGAUUCACUUUCAAUUAACUGGAAUGCCAAGACAUCUUUAUUUAAACUUAGAGCUGCUGCUUGGGAGAAGGAAUGAGUUGGCUGGAAUGUGGAUUUCUUUUGCAACAUUAAAUAAUUGACAGUGCUGACAGUGUGGGGCACCCUGCAUUGUGCUAAAAUCAACAGAAAUAAUUGAGAGUUUGUAUGCACAAGAGUUUUACCAAAUCUGUGACCGUUGGAAAUAUCUUUGUGGAUUAGCUUUCUGCCAGUGGAGCAGAUGUUUUAAAUAAAUAACCAUUUCCCAGCAGUGUUUCCACCCAAAUAUUGCAACACUGAGGACCUUCGCAUGAAGCUGAAUCAAAAUAUACAAAACAAGAAACUAAUCUUGGUUAUUUGUGAUUGCCCAACCAAACUGAAGUGUGAGAAAUAAAUAGCAGGAAUACACUGCAGAGUAAUGUUUUCAGUACACUAAGGUGGCAGUAAUGCUAUAAAGGUGUUUGUAUAAAAUAUAUCUAAUUGAUGCCCCUUUAGGACUGUUUCUAUCUGCAGAUUAAAGCUGCUCAUGGAGAAGUAAUUAUUACUAUUGGGACUCUGAGGUCAGUGUUUGGGGAGUCCAGGAUGCUAUAUUAGCCGGAAGAAACAAUUAGCAUCUUAACAGAAAGACAAGGUCAGAGGUUUAAAGAAUUAAUGAAAAGGCAAUAAGUGAUCAAAGAGACUCCAGAAUGCAGGCACCCAGGGCUCCAGGGUGGGAUGGGCUCAAGCCUGUCUUUGGUUCCUGUUUACAUGAUGUACCUUCUUGCUCCAUGGUCCCUGAUAGCCAUCCUGAAUAGCAGUCUAUGCAUGCACUGAUAACACCACAUUUAUGAGUUCCAACCCAUCACGGGGAGCUCCACAGCUACUGCACAUCUGGGAGCCUGCUGCAAAACAGGCCCUCAACAAACUGAGGCUUGAAAUCAGGCAACAUGCCUCCCAGACUAGAGUUUCUGCAGAGCCCCUGCACAUCAGCCUAGCAGGUACGGCCACACAUCUCGUACGCAAAACACAGUGAAUGAUAUUCAUGGGAACGCAGGCAAGGCCAUGAGGGAGCUUUUGUCUGGGAGAGCAGAAAAGUAGCAUCAGCUCUAAUGAGACUAAAUGACAGCCUCCUGCUUUGCUACAUUCCCUUUUAGGCAUGUCCCUUAAUUUGAUGCAGCUCUUGUUUGUUUGUUUGUUUGUUUCCUAUUUAGUUUCAAGCUACUGUACCUCCCGUUUCUGUUCAGUUCAUUGCCUUUCCGCAGCUCAGAUAUGCGUCAGUAGUGCAUCUUGCCCAGACAGUUCCCUAAGCUACUUCCACCAACUCCCUGUACUUACCCUCUAGGCCCAGAACUGAGAAUUACUAAUCCUUGAUCAUAAGAGGUGGAUUUGUAAGAGGCUCUGAUCUCUGCUUGUUCGUCUGCAUGUUGCAUGCGAAGGGCAGAAUUCUCCUUUCAGAUGUACGUAGCAAUUCUCACCUCUGUUGCCUAUUUUUGAUCCCUGCCCAGAGCUCUGGGAAUCAAGAUUUACUGCACAGAUUUGAGGGGGGGAUAUCCCUGUGGGAGAUUGAGGCCCCAAACCUGCCAAGAUUAAAGUGUGUGCUUAAUUUUAUGCAUGGUAGCAUGUCAGAAGGGCCCAGAGUGUAUAUAAAGUUGAGCAUGUGCGUGUGUCUUUGCACCAUCAGGUCCUUAUGUUCCUACAAUUCACGUGGCUCCCCAGAGUGACACACAUCAGUCCUUUACUAUUCACCCUCACUCUUUUGCCUUUGUUGGUGUCCUCCGUGUGCUCUUCUAGCAAAUACUUGGAUGCAUAAAAUCUCCGUCUUACAAAAAAAAUUUAAACAAUUUCUUCAACCUCUUUUCUAUCCUAAAAGGGUCAGUUACUGCACUAUGGAUACCCAUACAGUCUGCUUGAUAAUGACAUGUACAUAAAAUCUCAUAUGUCUCUGUGAUGUUAUACUGUUGCACAAAUAAACUUUGCUUUUGUGUAUUCAUUUUAGAGAGGUACAUUGUUAUCACUUUAGUGACUGGUUAUUGGUCCUGUAAAGUGAAACCAAUAAUAUUUUGAUUUCUUUCCAGAAUCAGCCUCUGGGUCUAGUUAUUUCAUCAGCAGUGUGUGCUCGAGUGCAGUUAGUAUUUAUUAUAGUGCAAAAGCAUCACAGUCAGGGACCAGGAGUCCUUUGUGCCAGGUGCUGCCCAUAAUUCAUUUCAGUUGCCUGAAUAUUCUGUCUGCAACACAGAAGUGACUUCAUUUGACUUCCCUGCACUAGCAGCAACUGAUUAUAGCCAGGGUAGCCAAUCUCAAAGGCAAGUACAUUCUCAGACCCCAAGAAAUGUCCUUUAUAUUCACUGCACGUCAUAAUUUAAAACAUCCAGAGCUGUAUCAGUUACUAUUAAGGAUAUGGUUGUAUGCAUUAGGUUGUAUGUAUAAGGUUGUUGUAUGCAUUAGUUUGGGAGAGUGACAAGGAGUGAUGGGGAGCAGAAGGUAUACUAUCUUAUCAGUUCAGCUUACAGAUACUUUUUUUCCCUUUCAUUUCAGUCUUCAGUCCCUUGUGACCCUGUUUACGGGGAAGGUAUGAACAGCUGAUGUAGAGCUGCACAGAAAAGCCACUUGCACAACACAUUUUUGAUCCUAUAAAAUGUACCUAUUUUACUGUAGGUCCUUGAGGCUCACAUCUCUAAGCAUCAGCUCCCAACACUUUAUCUAUUGCCUAAGGACUAGAUCCAAAAAAAGGCUUAGGCACCUAGAAGUGGCUGGGCAGGAGUUUUGUGGGCUGCAAUUCAGACAUCCCUCUUUCACCCUAAGUGCAGCUUGGGCAUCUGAGAGGCCCAAGUUCUCUGGUGAAAAUUUACUUAGGGCCCCAAGGUUUAGCUUCUGCACAUGCUUAGAACUUAUCACCAUGCUGUUUGUGCCAAACAUUCAGGAGUUGAAACCCUGCAUAACUGUCCAGUGGGACCUGGUGGGGUAGAUAUGCUCGGAGCACACCGAACCUGACACCAUUGCACCCAUGACCACUCAUCCUAGAACAUGGCCUGAGGUGGUACCUAUGCUGACCCUCUGCAUGAUCACCUUAGGACUCACUUGCUCACAAAAUGGAAGACCUGAGUUCUGGUCCCUGUUCUCAAAGCUGUUUAUGCCUCUUACCCGGUGACUGCUGCAUGCAAAGUGCUGUGCACACCUAGGAGCAGGGACUGGCACUCAGGCCCCACUCUGGCCCAAGAGGGUUGUAAUGGGCACCUCGCUGGGCUACUGAACGGUGCUCCCUCUUGUUCUCUCUUUGGCUCCUUACUCUUCCACUUGUUUCAUAGAUUUCAUCGACAUUAGGGCUGGAAGGGACCUCGGAAGAUCAUCGAGUCCAGCCCCUGUUUCAUGGAAGUCCAUUUUGGCUUAGCCCGUUGCUUGGUGGUUAGGGCAUUAUCCUGAGAGAGGUGGACUUGAACUCCUUCAGACUAUUCAGGGCCUAAAAUCCAGGUGCCUCACUUCCAGGUAGAGUGCCCUAAGCAACAGAUCAUUAGGCAAAAGGAGGUGCCCUCACCACUGGCCAUCCUUGAAAAGAAGGAAGCCAGCGAGUUGCCCAUACCUGAAAGGAUAAAGUCGGUGCCUACAUUUAGGGGCAGGUUUCAAACUGCCAAGUCUAGACUCAGUCAUUGCUGAAGUCCAGGAGAGAUGAGAGACUCCAGAUACAUCCCUCUUCUCCAGGAUAUCUUAUCAAUGGACUGCUUUAGGUAUUUCUCUUCUCAACGCUCUGGGGCUGUAAAACCCAAUCCGAGGCAUCUAAAGCUCUCUAUUUAAAAUGUAAGUAGCUUAGGUGCCUAACCUGGGUCUGUGGAUUCACUCUCCCAGAACAAGGCAUGUGAAUGUUAGGCAUAGUGAUCCUGAGCCUGCCUGUGCCUAAAUUCUUAUUUGGAUUUGGCCCUAAUGUCACAUAUGAAGGCACCCAGAACAUCCUGGAAACAGGAAAGGGAGAGAGAUCGUAGCACGCCACAGUGAAGGAGCAGAGUAGGUGUGAGUGCUGCAAUGCAGGGGUGUGAAUGAGUGCAGGAGGGAAGAGGCUGGGGGGUAGACUAUAUACUAAAUAUAGGUCUACUGUAUCUACCCCCUCUCUCUAACCUACCGCACCUCCCUGACUUAGUCAGCAGUGCCUUGGCAUUACAGUGCACAAAGUUUAGACAAUGAGCUCCUUCAUUUUUUUUCAGUGUAGGUCCAGGAACUCAUUCAAGAACUGGGUUAGAGGGGCUCAGCUCCAAACCAGGGGCUUGGAUUUUUGGCAGGCUUUGCUCCAGGGUUUGAAGACAUUUGGAUCUGAUUUCCCAGGCCUAGCCCAGGAGCUGCCUCCCUACACUAAUCUCUUUCAGAAGUGAUUAAGUGAGGUAAGGACAGAGCAGACAAUUUCAUGUAUUUCCUGAUUUUUAUGGCUUUAACCAUUUUUUGUCAGGUUAUUUCAGCAUGUUCCUUUGGGGUUCUGUUUUCUUUAAAGUUAGGGUCAUACCAAAGCCACUGCUGUGUAUACAGGUCUGCAUUUGCUGUGGCAUGUGGCAGCCUUGCUACACUACGUCAGGGCCUAUUUAUACUGCUACCUUGCCAUGCCAGGUGAUGCCAUGCUGAAACACGCCACGCAUUCAUGUUCAUGGGACCUUGGAUUUCAUUUUCAAAGCCCUUUCCAGCUUGCCUACUGUCCCAGCAGGUUGAUUUAUGCCUCCAACCAGUGCAGGGUGCCAGUCCCCAUCACCCACUUGUCCCAUCUUUCCCAUCACUUCCCACAAACACCUGCAAAGCUUCCUCAGUAUCCUCCUUCAAAUCUCUGUUGUCUUGAUGCCUAGAAAAAAACUUCAUGGCACUUAGGUUGCCCAUGUGCUAUGAUCACUGCCUCUUGCACUGACUUGUGCAACACUUUUCCUUGUGCUCCACCUGUUUCUUAUAGAUCAAAUCGUAAAGUCACUGGGCAGAGAUCGCCCCUUUGUUAUCUGUACAGCACUGAGCAUCAUGGACCCCUGGUUCAGGAACAGAACUUGUAGGGCCUGUUUAUACUGCUAGCUUGCCAUGCCAGGUGAUGCCAGGCUGAAACGUGCCAUUCUGAUCUGCAUAAUGAGCUGGAACCAGAUUAGCUGUCUUAGUGCAGCACUGAGGCAGGCUAACUAGCCCUGCUGAGAUACAGCCAUAAUUAGCAAGGCACUGCACAAACACAUGAGAGGAAGCAUGUGUGAAGCAGCGUGGCCCAUCUUAUCCCAUUGCCACCUGGAACACCAAGGUAGCUGAGCAGCCAUACCCCUGCAUGCUCCAGUACCGCAUGUGACAAACCAUUAGUAAACAGAAUGAAUGUUGGGUUAAGGACAGGAGUGGGAUGCUGUUCAUUCAGAAUAAUCCUUUUAGCACCAGAGACAGGCCUGAGCCAACGCUCUGAUUAGAUCCAAAUGUUGUUCCUCUGGCUCACUUCCGCUCACUCCCAUGGAUUACAGCAGAAGGAGGAGGUAUUUGUUUUAACUGCUAAGAGUCCCACUGAAGGAGGUCUAGGUGGAGCUCUAAGUGUAUAGCAAAUCAAGGCCCUGAUCCAAAGUCCUUGAAAGUUACAGGAGUCGUACAUUGACUUCAAUUGUCUUUGGAUCACAUUUGGAACUUCAUACUACUUUUAUUAAAACCUCUGAUUUCUAUUAUUGAAUCCUGUGCACAAGCAGCUCAGUAUUCUCCUCUCAGAUAUACAUCACAGCACUCUCCCUUGUCUAGUUACUGAAAGGCCACCAUCAGUACAGUAUCUAAGUGUUCCCCAGCUGCAAACCCCUGCUCCAGUAUGUGAUGUUGGCAACAUCCCUAAACUCAGGAAUUGGGCCUACUUUCACAUCAUGGACACAAUCUAUGCUUGUAUCAUAAAAGCACCCCUCAGCUCACUGGGGGAAUGAACUGAACAUCAAGAACUGCCAGGCCAGGCCUGAUUUUUCACUUGUCGAGUUCUGUAUAGAGUAAGAGACUGGGAAGUGCUUUCACAGCACCUGUAUUCACUAUACUUGCCUCUUGCUAGUGCCAUCAGGGCAGUUUUCUGUAGCACUAAACCCAUUAAAGUUAAUGAGAAUUUUGCUCAGGACUUCAGCUAAGCCAAGGCUCUCCUCUAAAUUUUACGCGCAUGGGAUUUUUUUGUUUGUUUGUUUUUGGGGGGUUUUAUUAUCAGAUACAAAGUUCUUAUUGAAACAGUCAUUGCAAAACCCUUAUUUAUUCCAAUGGGACUUCACUACUUACUGAAAACCUAUAAAAUUCCGCAAAUAACAUUGUUACUUAAGCAACAGCAAAGCUACCUUGGAGCACUGGCAUCUUAAAAGUAGUUUGCGGGACCAAAAGUCAUUUUAUUCAAGGAAAAUGAAAGCUCUGUGCAACAGGUCUUGUACCAGCCUAACAAGAAAAGUAGGAUUCAAACUGGCAAUGAGAUGAUGCAACAACAACUAGGAAAAUAAAGUACAAUCUGUAACUGCCAGGGACUCAGUGUGUUGCUGCUACCCAGAAAUAGAAGGUGUGUGGGAAACGUAUCCUUGAACAGGCGCCAAUGCUCACUGAAAUGGGCGCUGGCCCAAGUUUAUUUUAAUUAAAAAUAAAACUAAGGGAGCCAUGAGGUGAACCUUACAUUUGCAGUAAGCACUUAGAUGCCUAAGUAAGGCCUUUGACAUGGGCCCUUGCACUAGUGAACACUUACAAGUUGUAGUAGCAAUUUGAACCUUUAUGUGCAUUGGCGAGCACUUGUUGUAGUCAUCAUGCCCAUGGGGCAACUGUGUGUGUAAAUGCUCACCAUCCUGGGUUCUUACAGAAUCACAGUCUGGCCAUAAAUGAUCCAGUUAAUGAGCUGAUGCUUUAUGCUACCUGAAAGACUUUAGUUCUUAUUUGAAUAUAGUUCUUAUUUGAAUGUUAGGAUCAUCAGAGAGAAGGACAGGAAGGGACCUCACAAGGUCAUCUAGUCCAGGCCCCUGCUCAAGACAGGAUCAUCCCUGAUUAAACAGGUCCAAAAGUCAACAGAAAAAAUUAGCCAAAGCCCUGAAAUGUCAUUCUGCAUGCCAGUCUCAAAAUGGAGAGUGCUGGAUAAAUAUCGGAAUAAUCUGUGAUUGAUUAAAAAAAGAAAAACACUAUUUUUUAAUAAAUAACCUUCCACCUGGGCUGACCUCCUUACCAACUGUUAGCACAACAGCCCUGGAACAAUCAUUUCUUGCAUGAGGUGAUCUUUAAAUAUAAUUGGCCCCUCAAGGGGCUGCAAUCAUGUAUCAACAUGGUACCUUCCUCCUUCCUUCUUGAAUCCAUUUCUUUGUUUAUUGAUUGAGGCUGUUCCCGCUCCCUGUCUGGCAAGCUCCUCCUAGAUGCCCAUGUAGGGUUGCACUCUUAAAUGACUGUAAAAAAAAAAAAAGUACAUGCUCCAAUGUUUAUUAUUCCCAUACCAAAUGUGUUCAGCUAGCAAAUUAAAGGAUGUCUCUUAAUGGGAUACCCAGCCUGUCCUAACAGGCAAUCUGAGGGUCUUUCCUUAAAAGUCCUUCCAUACCAAUAAUAAAUGUCCAGAAAGCAAAAUUAGGCCAUCAUGGACAUCCAUACAACAUGGAGGCCUUGGGCAAGUUAGCACACAUAUAGCAAAUUGAAACAUAGCAAUCAGCUACCAUACUACCACAGGAGCCAGAGACAGCUCCUCCCUUCAGUUCUGGCUCUGCAGAGCGAAAGGGAGGGAAAUGCAGUUAAAAAAAGGGGGGAGCAUGAUUAAAGUGAGCAGAAAUAAAGUAGAUCACACACCAGGCAGUGAAGGAGAAGCUGCUAUUUUUCCAACUCACAUUUCUAAAUGUCCUUGAAACUAAAGUCAUAGUUCCUGGCAUUUAAAGGAAAGAAUGGCAGCUAAACAGACAAUGUGGAUAUUUCUGUUUAAAAAAAAAAAAAGUCUUAUUUAUCCAACCAAAAUGAAAUUUUUGUGGAGAAAAAAAAAUCGUUUUGGUCAAGAUACCUUUUUCUUUUCUUUUUUUAAAGAAAAUAUAUCUUUCCCCCAAAGAUGUGGCAUUUCAUUGAGUAGAAAACACUGCGUCCUUCGUCUUAACUUCCUGUUCCACAUUUUUCCAUCAAAAAGUUAAAACAAGAAAGGCUAUCUUUCUCUAUCAUUUUUUUUGUUUUGUUUUUCCUGAAAAUAUAAAAUUAAUUUUAAGUGAAACUUCUGCAUUUCUGUUUGUAAAAUAGGCUUGCUUCCCUUUAUCAGCAGAUUAUAUAAUCUUAUGGAUUAUACUGUGUGAGCAAAGGUUCGGAUCCUACUCCAGGUGAAGAUUUUUCCUGAAGUACAGUAAUAGGGGGAAGACAACAGGGCCAAAAAUUGUUAGAAUGCUGUUAAUGUUUGAAGAGGUUCCCUUUGUUCACAUCUCUGAUUUGAUUUCACAGUUAAACAUCUGUUCCCACAAAAGCACAGCUGGGGAGGAUUUGCAAGAAAAGUGUCCACUCCAGACCAGAUGUGCAAUGUAGUUAUUGGUUGCUAAAAUCAGUGCAAAAGAUAAAUAACAUGAGAAAUGUUUCGUAAGGCAGUUGUGCGCAUAGUUUGUAUUUUCUAAGUCACGAUUCUUUCACUAGCAUUAUUUGCUUCUAUGAAAAUAGAGCCUUUCUAGAAAAGAGGCUGGCUACUGCUUUUCUGUUCUGAUUGCUGCUUAGGUGUUUUUUAUUUAUGUCAAACAUGAAGAAUGCAUUGUUCAGUGUAAUUCUGUUGCUCUGUUAAUAUAGAAAGCUAUUUUUCCGUGUUUCUAAUUUGGCGGGGGGAGGCAAUUGAUGUGGCAUCAUUAUUUGAGUUUACUUUUGCAAAUGGCUACAUUACCCUUUGUAGUUACAUUUUGUAUUUGUAGUUAAAAAAGGAUAAGUAUGGAAAAUAAAAUGCUUUAAGCUA